UGACGCCUGAAUGUUGUGUCUGUGGGGAAGAUGGCGGACUCGGUAGCGGCUGGGCUCGGGGACGAAAACGAGACUGAAAAUGAGGACAAGGAGAGGGAGAAGCGACUCUUUAGUGGCGUCAAAAAGAUGGAGAAACAAGCCGCUGCUUCAGACGUCACAGAAACGCUGGGAUUUUACGAGAGGAAGGCGAAAUGCAAAGACAGAAAGACCAAUGUGUCAGAUCUCUCUCUAGUGAGGUUUAUUAGUGCUGAGUUGACUAGAGGAUAUUUUCUGGAACACAAUGAGGCCAAAUACACUGAGCGGAGAGAGAGAGUCUACACCUGCCUGCGUAUACCAAAAGAACUGGAGAAGCUGAUGAUCUUUGGCUAUUUCCUGUGUCUGGAUGUGUUUCUGUACGUGUUCACUCUGCUACCCCUCAGAGUGCUGCUGGCUCUGGUCAGAUUGCUGACACUGCCCUGCUGCGGCCUCAGUGGGUCUCGCAUCUUGCAGCCUGCUCAGGUCUGUGAUGUUCUGAAGGGUUUCAUCAUGGUUCUGUGUUAUUUCAUGAUGCAUUAUGUGGAUUAUUCCAUGAUGUAUCACCUGAUCCGGGGUCAGUCUGUCAUAAAGCUCUACAUCAUCUACAACAUGCUCGAGGUGGCAGAUCGCUUGUUUUCAUCUUUUGGUCAAGAUAUUUUGGAUGCUUUGUACUGGACGGCCACCGAACCUAAAGAGAGAAAAAGAGCACACAUAGGAGUCAUCCCACAUUUCUUCAUGGCUGUUCUCUACGUCUUUCUACAUGCCAUUUUGAUUAUGGUUCAGGCCACAACACUAAAUGUGGCUUUCAAUUCACAUAACAAAUCACUCCUCACCAUCAUGAUGUCUAAUAAUUUUGUUGAGAUCAAAGGAAGUGUAUUCAAGAAAUUUGAGAAAAACAAUCUCUUCCAGAUGUCCAAUAGCGACAUUAAAGAAAGGUUUACAAACUACACACUGUUACUGAUUGUAUGUCUCAGAAACAUGGAGCAGUUCUCCUGGAAUCCAGAUCAUCUGUGGGUGUUGUUUCCUGAUGUUUGCAUGGUAAUCGCCUCAGAGAUUGCAGUGGACGUUGUCAAGCAUGCCUUCAUCACCAAGUUUAAUGACAUCACAGCAGAUGUCUACAGUGAAUACAGAGCUAGUCUUGCCUUUGAUCUGGUCAGCAGCAGGCAGAAAAAUGCAUACACAGACUACAGUGACAGUGUGUCCAGGAGGAUGGGUUUCAUUCCUCUUCCUCUUGCCCUACUGUUGAUCCGGGUGGUGACCAGCUCUGUGAAGAUCCAGGGCUCUCUGUCCAUUGUGUGUGUCCUGCUCUUCUAUCUGGGCAUGAUCACACUGAAGGUUCUGAACAGUAUUGUUUUGUUGGGGAAAUCCUGUAUGUACGUUAAAGAGGCAAAUAUGGAGGAAAAGCUGUUUCAAAAUCCCCCUUCUGCAGCUCCAAGCAGAGUGUCCAGCAGAGCCCACCGGACCAAACACACACGGGAACCUCCAGGUGAUCCAGCAGAAGAGGGCAUGUCUGCAUCAGUCACCACUCAGCCCACACAACAGGACGAGUGUCCCGCCCCUCAAAUUCCAACCAGCGAAUCAGAUCAGUUCCUCACGACACCUGAUGAAUCAGAAGAAAAAAGCCUUAUUCAGGACGAUUCCGAACUUAAACACAGGGCACCCAAAAAAGACUUGCUGGAGAUUGACCGCUUCACAAUCUGCGGGAACCGUAUUGACUGACAUGAACCAGCUCCCUCAAGUUUAAGAGCCAGAUGUGCACUGAAAUGCCCGCUUUCUUCUGCCAGCCCGAUUCGAUUGACAUUUGAACCUGAGCUUGUUGGAACGGGACAACAGGAUAUUUAUUAAUAAGUGAUGCACCUAAUUUAUUUAAGACUUAAACAUACUCACACACAGACAAUCACACACAUUUGACCCAUUUGGAUUCCACCCAAGAAAGAGGUUCAAGAUCACCUGCAGAGGUCACAGCGAUCUUAUUUCAUGGUGGCAUUGAAUAAAGAAGAAAAAAAAGCAUGGAUUAUGUUCUGAAAUGACAGGUUAUGAGGAUUCUGGUCAUGUGUGGAAAAAGUGAUUCAAAGUUUGUUUGAUUUUAUUUUUCCUGCAGUGCUCCAAGAAUAAUUAUGCUUGUUUUUAUUAUUUGGAAGUGACCCCCUUAAAAAUCUAUGAUCUCUAUUUUCUCUCUGACAUCUUCAGCUGGAAAAAAACAGCAUAUUUAUUGGCAGUACCCAAUACUGAAGUGUAAUUCUGCAAUUGCAGAUGCAUUACACAGAUUUUAGAGUUAAACUAUUACAAAUUGAUGUUACUGUACUGAAUAGAUUUGUCUGCAUCGUUUUGAACAGAAGCAUUUGUUUGAUUUGUUGUGGAAUGGAAGGGAGCACAUGUUAAUAUCAAACCAUUUUGCUUUACCUAUCCAAUAUAUCUGAGCUCUAUAGGUCUUCCUAAGAAGAUGACGAAAGUCUUGUUUCAUAACAAGCUAUUCACACAUUGGCUAAAUUAUUAAUACAUGAAAGUUCUCACAGUACAUGUAGCUCUUUUGAAGACGGGGUAUCUAGUGACAAAAAAGUUCAACGUUGUGUUUUUUAAAAGGCUGCCGUGGGUAUGUGAUUUUACAAAGAAACGCAUGUUUAUGAUAUCCUGAUUGAUUUACACCAUAGAAUAGGUAUUUUGUAAGUCUGCCUCUGAAUGAAAGGGUCAAGAUUAAUGCAAGCAAAUUGCAUGAAACUGAAAACAGUCCAGUAGCAUAGCCUGAUUAGCCAGCUCAAACAACGGAACUACAUUUCUUUUAUUUACUUUAAUUUUAUUCCACCAAGAGUAGCAUAUCUAAUGAACAACCAUACACUGGUGCUGAUGUUGGGAACAGAUGAUUGAUAGUCAAUUGCCGACAUUCCAACAGUCAGAAUCUUGACCAAAGCGAUUGAACACACAAACUUUCGCUGAUAUCUUUUGCUGAGUGUAUUUUAACAAAAUGGCCACUGUUGACCAAAAGAUUUACAGGGCUAUAAGCAUCAGUGAUCUUAAAGCAGCAAUGAACCGAAGUUUCAAAAUAACAAUAUUAUACACAAGUGACAUCUGGAGUUCAAUAAUAAUGCAUUAAGGAAUUGAUUGGGCUGCAUUAUCAUCAUGGAGAAUAGUAUCUUAAAGACCCACUUUACAUAACAGACCGCAUUAAUUUAAAUUGUUACACUUUUUUUUUCAUAUAUGUUCCACCAAUGACAUAUCUCUUGGUUGUACUGGAGGUUUUUGUUUGUAUUUCAGUUUUUUUCGCCCCCACUGAAUUAGGAAUUCAUCUUGUAUUACAAACGUGUGGCUCUAUUUGCUUUGUAAUAUCAUAUGGGGGCAUUCAUUCUGACAAUUUAUACUCAAGUCAGCAUUUCCACAGCCAUCACGACGCUGUCACGUUAUGCAAGGUGCUCAGUUUUCUCAAAAACAAAAGCUUUUUUGAUAUCCUUUCUCUUUUAGGAAUUUAUUGAGUGAAAAUAUCAACAUGCCAAGGAAUUGUUAACCCUCCGUUAUCAAACUAAUGCAACUUUUUAGAAGCUGUUACCUGACUUAAACUGCCAAAAUAAUCAUUUGUCAUUGUUUUUGGAUUUGAAACACUGAUGCUUGACAUGCCUGUUAAUUUUCGAAGAGCGAGACCAUUAUAAGCAAAUGUUUGGUUUUGUUGUGCUUUUCAGCGUCAUUGCCUGUGCAUUCCAAUACUGUUUUGAUAGAAGAUGGUUUUGCUUGACUGAACCAGCAGUUCAUACUCAAAUACAUUUAUUCUGAAAAACUGAAAAAGACGAUCCAUCUCUGAGUUGCUCAGACUGCUGAACUAUUUUUCCCCUCACUGGUCAAUAUUAUUUUUUUUAGUGUGUUUCUGUAUUCAUAUUGACUUCGGCAUCUAAUGUUCUUACAAACUUAUUUUUUUCUGUUGAAUAUGAAGAGGAAUGUCACAUCCCACACAAAGGAUGUUUCGUAGACUGAAUGGGGAAGAGGAAUCAGGGCUUUGUGUUAAUUAAAGUUUUGUUGUUUUGUA